AUGAAGGCCCGCCUCAAAGUCACGGGUGAGGACUUUGAAGUUGUUCGCGUCGAGGAGAAGUGUAGCAGACACCUAAGUCUUGAGCAACACAUCCACGCGUUCGACGUUGCUGCUCCGGCCACGGUCGGGAUCAUGCAUUAUGGCGCGGCGACAAGCAGUUUCUCACCGACAAUCCCCGAGUCGAUACUCGUCCGUGACGUCCUUGAGCCAUUGAUCAAGAAGACAACCAAGGUGUAUAUCCAACUUCUUCUCUUUGGCACUCAAGUGGAAGGAUGGGUCUUGGAAACAUCUAUAGCUGGCACAAUUCUCUCUGACUCAACAUUGGACGCACACCGGACUCCUGCUGGCUGCUAUCCAGCUGAACCCAAUCUCGCACACAAACACCUUCAGGUGACUCAGCUGAUUACAGCCGGAAAGCAAGCGGUCAAGUGGGCGCAAGAUGCCAUGCUUGACCUCCGUAGCAUGGAGCAAGUCCGCAGUGAACUCAAGUUCUGUGGCGCCCGAGGCACAACCGGCACACAAGCCUCCUUCCUAGGGAUCUUUCAAGGAGACUCAACAGAGUGUGACGCCCAAGCCAGCCGCUUUCGUCGACCCCUACACAGACCAAUGGGAACGGACCUGCCCAAGAUGAGACUUCUCGCAGACGCUGUAUUUAUCGAUCUUGAUAAGUGUGAUUAG